UUAAUCUUGGUCCCUCUCUUAGUCUUUUCAUUGCAUUUUUUGCCGGAUCAUCUUUGGAUAAAGAUUCAAUAGAUUCUUUUGGUAAAGAUGCAGAUGUGGCUAGAGAAUCUGAUGAAGAUACAGACGCGAACGUGGAUGAAGAAGAUUCUUCUGAUGCAGAUGAGAAUGUGGAUGAAGAAUUAGAUUCUUCUUCUGAAGAUACAGUUAAAAACAUGGAUAAAGAAGUAGAUUCUUCUGAUGAAGAUGCAGAUGAUGUUUUUGGUGAAGAG